AUGGACCAGUGCGGUGGUACGCUGUUGCCAAAAAUACCUGGUAUCUACCAGUCGUACACGGAAAUCAAAGAUAAAUAUCCAAUAGGGAGUGAUUUAGAAUGCAUCGACAACGUGAGGUUCAUCAAGUCGAUAGAAAAAAAAAAUGAACCCUUGUUUUGUGACGCAGACGUGGCCAUGGUGAUGUUGGCCAAAGGACAGAACGUUAUCAACAUGCGCAAUUGGUUGGCGUUUGACGAUAAAGAGGUUCUCACAUUUUACGCUUUUUACAAAAAGUCGGGUCGUGGAAGCUCCGCAGGAAUAGAUUACAUGCUAAAACGGCUCAAUAUCAUUUAUUUUUUGGUGGACGAAACGAUUCAAGUAAACGAGCCGACGAAACCGAACAGCGGCUGUCCACAAGGUUGUUUCAUAAAAAAACAAAAAAUACCGUUACCUGGCUGUGAUCAAGAAACGGGCCCCUAUUACAGGCUACCCGAUUUAAUUGUGGGCACUACGGUCAUCUUUUACGGAAAAGAGUUAAGAAUCACUGGUGUCGACCCAUAUACUAGAGAUUUCCUGCACACGAUGGGAGUUCCUGCGAAAGACAACGAACCGAUUCCAGAAGAUCCAUAUUUUGAGUACAGGAAAAAAACUGCUCUGGAUAUCACCUUAAAAAAUAAAGCGAAUACAGCUAGGAACCCACCUCCGAAUGGCUUCGACUCUCUGAUCUUACGAUUUCGGGGCUAUUGGGACGACCGUGACGAAAUGGAGGGCGAAUUGCAUUUCUACGAAGUUCUCUAUUACCUCGUCGACGACACGAUGGAGUUGGUUGAAGAAAUUAUUGACGACAACCGAGUUACUGGAAAACGUCAUAAGUUGAUCGUGAAAAGGCAACGGUUACCGAAAGAAGGCCCGUGGCUUUUACAACUUGGUCACAAUGUCAAACAAGACAUACUGAACGUUAUGGAGACAAACAAAAAUUCGUUUUACUAUACAAUGGAUUCUCAGCUUGGGGCUGCGCAAAAAGUGUCGUAUUAUCAUUGUACAGAUUUGUUUAUCGGACACGUUCUAAACAUUUAUGGUCGUUCUAUCACCCUGGUUUCAUGUGACGAAUUCACCAAAAACUUUUAUAAAGCUGUGUACCGAUUAGGUGAUUACUUUCUAGAAACCUUCAAUCCAAUACAAGCCCCUAAAACAAUGAGAGAAAUUGAAGCAGAAAUGUUGCAUCAAAAACGAGUAGAAAUAAUUCUGAAAAGCUAUGACGAAGUACUGAGGAAACGUUUGAUUAAACACGGAGGAGCAGGAAUAAUAUUUGGAUUUCUCAUUAAAAUGAUAACCGAUGAUCCGAUUAAUCAAGGUAGAAAUUUCAUGUUGAAGUACUAUUUGGAUGAUACGGAAUUCGCUAUAUAUGAAUACAGGGAAACAAAUUCAGGAAUGCGUGGUGGAAUGUUUCGUUCAAAACGUGGGUUUAGCGAGAACCAAGACCAGGCAGAUUUAUUCAUUUUUCAUCAGUUAGCGGUUGGAGUCAAAAUCAGUAUUGACGAAUUCAAGUUUAUUAUUGUCGAUAUCGAUGAUAAGACAUUGCAGUUCAUGAUCAAUAAUCCAAAAGAGUUCUCACACAGUAAUUUGGCCACAGUUAGAAGCAAGACUCGUGAAAUGAUAAACAGUCGAUUCCCGAGUUUAGACGAAUUUCGAACGAAAUACUUUCAGGAUCGAGAAUUGGUGGACAGAGAUGAAUUUAGAAAAGUUUUGUCCUUUGAAGGAGAAUUAGAUCCUCAUAUUGGAGCAGUACUGUCACUAAUGCACAAACGCUCAGAUCCAUUUGAACCUUUUACGGACAAUGUGUUUAGAAGUGUAGUGCAACGCGAAUUGAGAAAAGAUUGUUUUAUACACUUUGAUGGUUUAAAGAAUAAUUUUAGAUCCUGGAAAUCGAAAUCCGACGAAGUUGGUUACAUUGAAUGCACUGAAGCAAUCAAGGCGAUGAAAAGCAAUAGAAUCUCGUUGAGCGAGGAAAUAACUAAUAUCCUCGUUGAUAAAUUCAAGGACACCAAAAACGGCUGCUCCGUGAACUACGAAGAAAUGGUAGAAUUUAUGGAUUACGUGAAAAAUCCAGUGGAUCCUCCCUCCAGAUUGGCCAGGGAACUGUUGUUUGUCAAACCCAAAAAAGUUUUAAUCCGAGUGAACGAGUUCAUAGAUGACCUGCGGUCGGAGGUGUCGCAAAUAGUAUGCGAGACGGAAAAUUAAA